GGCCUCAACUUCAAAGCCGACCCAUUACGGGGCGAAGAAUUAAUCCAAAGUGACGAAAGCAAAAAAAUAGGAGGUAUAAAGUCUAGAUUGUAAUCAGACAAUCAGUGAUCCUGCAUUCCUGAAUCCAAUUGGAACUUUCCAACCCUCUGAAAUACUAAGUAUGUUUCGGAUAAUCAGUUAUUCAAAUCUGAUAGUAGACUGAAGUUGGAGCAACAAGCAUGGAAGAGACCGCCUCGGAGUUCACAAAACAAUUUCAUACGGCCAGACACACCAAAUAGGAAGCCUAGGCACAAGAUCUAAUUCACUUUCGAGUUUUAGUCUGCCACGAAGUUUCUAGUAGGCUCACGAGGAGCUUCACCUAAGGUAUCUUAAACACCAUUUUCCAGAAAGAUCUACCUACCAAGCGAUCAUUGUGAAAAGAAAUUCCAACGUCAUCCCUUGUGUAAGAAAAUAAUUGGGAUUCUAAUUGAAAUGGGCUUUGUUCCAAGACAGCCGAUGGCGUCGAUCUAAAAUGUGGCAGAGUUGCAUUGGCCAUAUCACUCUCACUUUUCAUGCAGCAUGAUGCCCACGAAUUAAAUGGAAAAAAUGAUGCAACUAAGGUUCAAGAGACUUCAGAGUUACUCCUUACGGAAAAAGCACAAAUAUCGUGUUACAUGCAGGACAAGGCCGGACCAGGAUUCCAACUGGCGACUAUGAAACUCGGAUCACCGAAAAGCUUACAAAAUUCUUUGCAAAAGUCGGCUCGCCAGAUUCUAUGACCCAGCGUCGACUGAUCCUAUCAUGGAAGAACUGGUCAGUCUAUCAUAUGAUUGCCGCUCUCAAAAUCAUGGCUUCAAAAGAGAUACUACGCCGAAAACUGCGAUUGGGAGUUGUGACGUCACAACAUCCUUCUGCAAAAGAAAGGUCUAUGUCAGCUGCAGCGAUGAUAGUGGACAGCAAUGCUGAUGAUACCAGCCCUGUCGUUUGGGUCCAUAACAAUAGGUUGGGCUCAGGUGAGGAGAGCAAUGGUGCAAUUCAACAAAGCGUUCAUUGGCAGGUGUUUGGCCCUCAAAAUGAUUUGAGCGGUCCUAUGGAAGUCAAGCGAUGGGGAAUAGUUCGUCCGGUGGAAGAGUGCCAGGUCAAACCCCAGAAGGGGACUAAUCCAACACACUUUAUCCACCACGAUACAUCACAUCACUAUUCAAUAUCUGAAACUCCUAUCAUCAGAACAGAUGGCAGUAUCUUCAAAUUACUAAGGACUUUUUAAUUGGCCCGCAUGCUGAUGUCAGACCGAGGACAUAUUCCUGCGAUGAUUGUUCGUUCCAAAUCCACGCAGUCAUCCCUCCAGUCCUGAAGUUACACAAUCAUUUAUGGGAAAAUGAUGGUGAUUCACUAAGUAAUUCCGGUUCCGAACAUCCUCAUUGGAAUGAUGAAGAUCCGAGCAAUGAGCCUCCAAUUGGAAUGAAAGGAUACGCUUUAGCCUUCCAUGCUGCCUCGUUCACAAGAAAAAGGGGACCUGCAGGCCAUCUUACGAGGUUUUGUAGAUCGUUUAUGAAUGAUGACACGCUGAGCGAAUGGAGGAAGAGGCAAUGAUAUGGAAAGCUAUCUUGUAGUGAAUGUAUUGAAAAAGACAAGGAAUGCAAGUAUUCCGAGCAUCACUACCAGAACCGAGAGGUGGAGAUAAUGACUGCCAAAAGUCUCGUUCACAAAUAUCUGGAAACAUAUUCAAGCACACCCCCUCUGAGUGUAGCACCACUAUCGUUGACUGAAUUAAAGUCCAUUGGCCCCCUGCGUCAAUUUGUCAAAUUGACAUUGAGCCGAGCUAUGAACAUUGCUUAGUGAUCACAGUUGCUUAAGUACUUCUAAUGAGAAUAAAUGAUUUGACUUUGACUCACAUAUCUCUUUAGAAGAAAUUCUACAGCAAGCUUUCAAAAGCAAGAUGAACUCCUUGCGGCGGCCCCAGCUAUGGCGGGCAAAUGUAAACGCUUUUUACUGAAAAACUCACCAUCACAUCGGCCUGAUUCUCUAAUUCCAGUUCCUAAAAGUUUUAGACAAGACCCACAACGCAAUACCCACGUUGCAAUGACAAGGCAGGGUACUUUGGCGGUCCCCACCACACUUGGUUCUCUUGGUUUCCAUGAGUGCUUGGAGUAUCUUCUGUUAUUUAUACAAAUCUUUAGUACGGAAGGCUUACGCAGGCCGAAUAGCACUGAUAUGCCUGUUGAGAUACCCAUCCUCUUAUCUGGCAUCGCAGGCUUUCAGUUAACAUUAAGGGGCUUGGGGUUCGCACUCUCUAUAAGGUGGCUUCUAUAGGAUUCUUUUGGGUCACAAUACGAGUGAGGCGGUUGCUGGUAGACCAUUAACACCACCACUUGUGGACCGAGUGUUUCUUGUAUUUUGCGUGAAACCUGAUCUAGGGGAAGGAAAUGCCAUCUUUAUCAUAUCAAAAGGGAUAAAGCAAGCCGGAAGACUUUACAGCUCUUAUAAUGAAGUACUUUCAUAGUCAUGCGAGUAUGUUAAUGUGAAUUUCUGACUUCGCUUCUUCCAAAAUAAAAUUUCUUCCUCGUGUCAAAAGACAGCGCGCAUGCUCCAGCAUGGCCUCCCAUUAAACGCAAGAUUUGAGAUCACAAUGAUGGGAUUGAUUUCAUUUUGAAGAAGGUGCGUGCAUGAUAAAAAGCGGCCGCAUUCGAAAAUACACGUUGAGAAUACUCAGCCAACUCAUCUGGAGUUGUAUCAGUGAACUCACUGGAGGCAUUGCGGGGACAUUUUGUAAAGAAGCGAUUGAUGUGGUGUUCAAAAGGAUCGUUAGCAAUAGAUCCAAAUACAUCCAACGACUUCUGGUCAGUUAUCAAAAUGUAAUUAAAACA